CUCUUGGGGUGAUAUAUAGGAGCAGAGCUGCCUGCAGACACAGAUCACAUGAAGCAUCACCACUAUAAGGGAAUUUGAUGCAAGUUUGAAGAUGUCGAAUGACAAGAACCCCGAGGUCGUCGGCUGCGAUGCCUCCAUCAUGAAGAACGUGUGGGCGAUCAGAGAGAGAGAGUAUGGACAGAAGCUGCAGCAGGAGGAGGACCGAAUGGAGAAGAGCGCUCUGCCAUCUAUUAAUAAAGACUGGGCAGGUCGUUUGGCUGCCAGACAGGGAGGCUUCAAAAGAGUGGAGAGAAAAGUUAAACCUGCAGACAAUCAGAUAGACAACGACAAUGUCUGGAAGAGCAAGCUACCCGACGCUCCUUCUACUCUUCCUCGUGGCAAAGGUUCAGCUCCACUCGGCAGACCAGGGGGACAAAGCAGAGGCUUCUCCACUCCAACCUCCAACUACAAGGACAAAAAGGGGCAGGACAAGAGUUUUAAAAGGCUACAAUCACUCAUGUUUAUCACCCAGACUCAACCUUGUGGUAUGGUGUGGGGGAAGUCAUGGAAGUACAACAAAUCCUUGCCAUUACCUGUAGAGGGCGAAAGAUCAAACUGGGGCCAGUGCUGGAUGUUUGCCACCCAGCAGCCUUACUCUGAAGAAGGCCAGCCUUGGCUAAAUGGCCCCAACUUAUUGGAUCCUCACAACCUCCAUCUCUGGAAGAAACCUGACUCCAAGGUGUUGGAAUCACAAGAGCUUGACUUGAGUCUUCCCAUUGAGGAGUGGCAGAUGUCCUGGAGAAAAGCUGACAAAAACAAAAAGAAGGAGGAUGCAGGAAAUGGAGAAAAUGGCGCCAAAUCUGGAUUCUUCACCAUGCUGGUGGAGACUCAGCACCGAAAUGAAUGCUUGUGCUCAUCAGAGUGGAGCGAGUCAUGGAGAGCCACCAAGCCAGCAAGUCAGCAGGAUGAUUUCAAUGAUCCAAAUGAUGGUCUAAUGAAUGAGUCCACUGCUAAAAAGCAGGAUAAGGAUAGAGAGAUGAGCUCCAAGUGGGAAGAAUGUUGGCGGCUUGUCAACCACCAUGGCUGCAACAAAGCCAAGUUGCCUCAAGUUAAAAAAUCUCCCAAUCCAGAGUGGGCCAAUGCAUGGAGAGCAAACAUGGUGGUCGUCAACAACCAAAAGAGUUCUGAUCCAUCUCUGACUCAAGAUCACAGUGAUAAUUAUGAUGAUCACAGCCAGCAGAGAGAGUCACAUCUCCACAAAUUCAUGCUUGUGUCCUGUGAGCAGAAGCACAGAGAUCAGUACUUGCAGCUCUACAAUGAAUUUCAGGCACUGUCUGAGUGGACCAAGUCUUGGCAGGUGACCAAAAACAACUCAAAACCAUGUGAAGAAAUAGAGAAAGUCCUGAAGGCCUCACCACCAAGGUUGGAGACUGCUUUGGAGGCUAAGAAGGUGGAGAACAACUCAAAGGGACAUCAUUCAACAUCAGAGAAGUUAGACUCACGCUAUGAGCAACUGAAACAUAACGUGAUCUAUCACCCAAAGAGAGAAUUCACCCAAUCUCAGCUGCUUCAUCUGAAAUACCUGGAAAAUGUCUUGUCUGCCUCAGAAUGGAGGGACUCCUGGAAGACACUGAAACACAGAAUGAGGAUGGAGAGAAGAAGAAUGAGACCUGACCCUUUGAGAUCUUUCAGGGUAUCUGAGAGGGGACGCGACAUGAAUCCCACUGCCUCAGAAUGGAAAGACUCAUGGAAAUUCAACUGUCAGACCCUGCAUCAGGAGCCUGAAACUUGGCAGCAGCAUUGGCCCACCACGCCCCAAAUCCGAGUAGAUCGUGCGAGGGACCAGAACCACUUUGCGCCUGUGGAACUCCCUAAGAAUGGACCAACCGGGGAGCGCAGUUGGGCAGAAUCAUGGAGGUCCAUGAGGCACCAGCGCCAAUCAGAACCUGGGCAUGGUAUGGCACAGACCAGACAAGCAAGGUCAAGUGCGGCUUCCCACCAUCCUGACAAUUCACAGGCACAGAGGAGGUAUGCUAGGCCAUGUUCUGAUUGGCAAGAUGCCUGGAUGGUCUCAGAAACCGAGUUCCACCAUGACAGACCCUCAUUUACCCAGUGGAGGGCAGCCUGGAGGUCGUCCUUCUUCCACACAGAGCACAUGACUGAGCAAGUGCCUAGAGAGCAUGAGGUGGAUGUGUUAAUGGAGAUCCAACCCCCGAGAGAGAAGAUUUCUUUGCAGAGAGCCAAAGCUAAAAUGAGCCGGUCUUUUGACAACCAAAUGUUCAGGGAAAGAUAUCCUGAAAAACAGUGGAACGCUUCAUGGAAAGCUGGGUCACUUCUGAACAAUCAACCGAGUCAUUAUGGAUCUUCAGGGACACCUGGGAAAAGCAUUAGCAAUACUCAGCAGCAUCAUACCACUGAAAAUGGGCAUGGAUCUAAGUGGGGAAAGUCGUUCAGAAUCGCCAACCCUAUGCCCCACAUGGAGCAACCCUGGGUGGAGUCCUCUCCUAACUCAUGUCACUAUGCAGUAAUGUGGUCAAGAGGAAAGAACAUACAUAACAACAUCAACACCAACUUUAGCAAGAACCCUGCGAUUUUAAAGGUUUGGGGAAGCUCCCAUCGGUUCCUGCAGGGGGUCAGUGCACAGAUUAAAGCCAAAACUACAUCUAUGGAACCCAUUGACCCUUGGGUGAUUAUAAAAAACAAGAUGAAAACAAGGAUGCAUUUAUACUCUAACAUUGAGAAGGAGAAACAAUCAGAGAAGAAGUCUGCAGGAGGCCACCUGUUGGGUAAAACCCAACCACGUCCCAAGAGAGGCUCUGCUCCCGUGAAGAACUUAAAGAUGCAGGACAAAACUGCAGACAAGUUCUUUGAGGAAUGGGCAGAAUCUUGGAAGUUCUCAGUCCCGCCUGGUGGUCUGAAAAAGAAGAUGCCCGUCAAGUCGCUCUCAGGUUGGAAUGAGUCGUGGAAGUUCCUCAUUCCACCAUACCCGCCAACGAAUGGCCACAAGGUUAAAUAGACAGCUAAGUCACCUUUUAGCUCAGUCAAAAUGUGUUGUGUCAAUAAAUUUAAAAAACAGAAUGCUUUGCCCCUUGCAGUUUUUCUUUGUUUCCACUCGUUGAGAAUUUAUUUGUGAUGAUCAGGUAUCCAUAGUUGACAAAAAGCAUGGCAAUUAUAAGCUAACAUCUGAUUUGGAAAGCCCUUUCUGAGACAUGCAAAAAAGUUUAUAUAUUACUUAAUGGUUAUGCCAAAUGAGUUAUGCCAAUAAUAAAAAUGUUGUCUUGUAUUUAUCAAAUUAGAAGAGAAGCUUCCAUUAAAAUGUUAGUAAACACUUCUCACAUCUUGACUGUUAGUGUUCAUUUUCACUCGGCUAACAUAAUACAAACACAAUGAUUAAAUAUAUAUAUAUAAUAUAUUUCUCAGUUCCUCGGGACAAGACGGGAUUCAAAGUCUUGUUCAAGAGUAAAACAGCAGGGUCGGAAUUAGGAAACGUUGACUGUUAAAAGGGUUGUUACAGGACAGUUAAUAUAAUCACAACAAAUUAAAGACCGAACAAAAUGUCCUCACUUUCACAUCUCAAGUGCUAAUGAUUAGUUUUAGCAAUCACACCCAACCAUUGGCAUUUGAACAUAAUUAGUAGGUAUAUUCUUCUCAGAUCAAAGGUUAAAGCUUUGUUUGAGAGCAAAGGCACUCCCAAUUCACACACUGACUGCUGUAGGGAGUUGAACCUGCAGAUUACUGUACUCUGAACUGUUGCUGAUGAUGUAAGGAAAAUAACAAAAAAAAAAAAAAAAAAAGACUGUUUGAAUAGGGCACAGUAAGUUGAGUUUUGAAGUAGUGAAGAUGGCAGGAAAGAUUACAUGGAAGUACAUUCUUGUGUUUAUGAAAGUGUGUGUAAUGCCACUACGGCGACUGUAUUUUGAUUAAAGGAUAUAAACAUCA